CCUAGUGAGCGACGAUCUCCCCAUGGAUAUCUUGUUAGGUAUGUACUACCUCUYGRUUGCACAGCCCCAGUUUGACUGGGACCGAAAAGUGGUCAAGCACACUUUGCCAGGUGGAGGGACCGCCAGAUUACACAAGUUCAAAGCUAGUAGUCUGAUUGAGUCCUACGGGUGCUUGUGUGCGGCCGCAUUCUAUAAUUAUUACAAGCAAAAUCAGAAGGAGGGUAUGUACUUAGUUUAUAUCUCUGUUGCAGGCGAGCCGGUGAAAAUGCCUCCGGAGAUAGAGGGAGUAGUUGCCAAGUACCCUGAUCUAUUUGAAGAGCCUACAGGGGUUGUUGAUAGGGAGGUCGUCCACGCGAUAGAGAUUAUCCCAGGGUCUAGUAUUCCGAAGGGUAGGAUCUAUCGGAUGUCUCCAGGCGAGCUUGAUGAGCUUCGCCGCCAACUCAAGGAACUCGUAGAGAAGGGUUGGAUCCGGCCGAGUGUAUCUCCUUACGGAUCUCUAGUACUAUUCGUACCUAAGAAGAAGGAGGGCACUCUCAGGAUGUGCAUCGAUUAUAGGAGUCUCAAUGCCAUCACUGUAAAGAGCAGAGAGCCCCUACCGCGCAUCGACGAUCUGUUAGAUAGAGUGCAAGGGUGUCGGUACUUCAGUAAGAUAGAUCUGAAGUCCGGGUACCAUCAGAUUGCAAUCCGGCCCGAGGAUCAACACAAAAUCACAUUUCAGACCAGGUACGGUCUGUACGAGUUUGUGGUGAUAUCUUUUGGCCCGUGCAAUGCUCCUGGCACCUUUCAGCACACUAUGAAUCGGAUAUUCCAUGACUACUUGGAUAAGUUUGUCAUCGUGUACCUCGAUGACAUACUUAUUUUUAGUAAGAAUGUCGAGGAGCAUGUUGCACACUUGGACAAAGUCCUUAGUCUUCUGCGACAGCACAAGUUCAAGAUCAACGGUGAGAAGUGCGAGUUUGGGCGCACCCGAGUCUUGUACUUGGGUCAUGAGAUCUCCGCGGAAGGGUUGAAGCCCGAUGACGCGAAGGUGGCCAACAUUCCUGAUUGGCCAUGACCUCAGUCUGUGACUGAGAUGAGAUCUUUCUUGGGAAUGACAGGCUACUAUCGGACUUUUGUAAAGAACUAUAGCGUACUGGCCGCUCCUUUGACUGAUCUGACCCGCCUUGACACCCCGUGGGAGUGGACAGAUGAGUGCGAGGCUGCUUUCAGACAUCUGAAGCAUGCACUAACGCAUUAUGAAGUCUUGGAACUUCCCGAUCCUGGUAAGUCGUUUAUAGUAACCACGGAUGCUAGCCAAUAUGGCAUUGGCGCCGUGCUUGUGCAGCAGGAGGGGUGGAAGUUGAGGCCUGUUGAGUACAUGUCCAAGAAAAUGUCGUCUUAAAAGUUGGCUAAGUCCACCUAUGAGAAAGAACUCUAUGCGGUGUUCAAGGCGCUGACCCAUUGGAGACAUUAUCUCCUUGGGAGGUUCUUCAUCCUCAGGACUGAUCAUCAGACCUUGAGAUGGAUGAGAACUCAGCCUGUACUCUCUGACGCAUUGAAGCGUUGGAUAAAAGUCAUUGAGCAGU